UAUUUUUUUGCUUUGUUUGAAAAAAAAAACAACUUAGAGUUGGGAGGGAAAAAAAACUUUGUUCUGCUCAGCAUUCUGAACUCUGUCGAGAGGAAAGAGACACUUGGGCUGUGUGAAGAAGCAAAUUUUUGGAUUACCCUUUGUCAACUCAUGGUUUUCCUCUCAUUGUGUAUCAUCAGUGUUUCCUGCAUCUAAUUGCAGUGGGUUAAAUUUGGAAGAAAUAGUGAAUCCAAAAAAAUUUCUUCCUGCUCAGAAAAAAAAAAUAUUGACUUCAGCACUGACGAGAUCACCAACUGUUCCACCUCCUAGACAGCAGGACAGAAGACUUGGGUCUACCAGUACCAUGCUACUUGGAGAUUCGCGGUCUGACUUUUCAAAGAUGUCCAGUAUGAAGUGUGACAGUGCUCAUUCUCCUGUAGAUUCUCCUCCAUUCUAUGCUGCUUUUCCCCCACAUCCCUCAUUUAUCCACCCAGCCAUUUCUCAGAUAUAUGGACGGGGAUCAGUUCCCUUUCUGGAAGACAGGUUCAAGAGAGAAGACCCACAUUUAUUCUCCCCCUCAGAGAGAACCAAAUCUGACUUUCCCCAUCCCCCUCCUCUGUGUUUGCCCACUUCCGAACAUGCCAAGAUGCUGGAGCUGGACUUGACCCAUGGUCAGUACCGUGGAAGUGACCGCCACUCUCCUCUGAGUCCGUCUGAGUACUAUCGUCGUCGGGACAUAUUAAGUACUGGCAGUAGUUCUCAUUCAAGUCCCACUUCUUCACUUUCUGGGGAAAUGAAUUUGUCUCGCCAUAGAGGACAAAAAUUCGGAAUAUGUGAGGAGAAUGGCAUGAUGGAGAAAUGUGAAGAUGGCGCUGUUAAUCUCUCAUCAGGACGAGAGACGGCAGAAAACGGCGGUAUGAAGGACGAGGAUGUCAAGGGACCCUCACCCAUUUUGCAAGAGGCAGAGGAUAAAAGCCCACAUCAUCGUGGAAUUGGAUCAUUUUCCCCGGGCCCCAACUCUCCCACCCCUAGCCAAAGUGCAGCUAAACGUAAAGUCAAGUCCAACAGUGCCAUAGAGCUCAAUUCUGGCAGCCAGCCUCUCAUGAUGAUGGCGGCCCAGCAUGGGGUUCUCCCCCAGCAGAUGCAGCAGCUGCUUCAGCAACAGAAUCAGGGUCUUACAGCUCAGCAACUUCAGCAGCAGAUGAUGCAACAUCAGACAGCAAUGUUGCAACACCAGCAGAAACUUCAAGAACACAUACUUCAGGAACUUAAUGAGCAACUUCAGUUAAACGUCAUUCAACAAUCUCAGCUGAUGCAGAGCUCUUCUGAUAAAAGCAAGAACAACAAACAACAGUUGCAGCAGCUAGCUGUGCAACAGCAGCAACUUGUGCAGCAAAUUCAGCAGAUACAGAUUCAGCAACGCCAGUUUCUCCUAGCAUGCCUGGUUCAGCCAUUUGGGGCCCCUCAAGGAAUGAUGUCCCCAACAGAAAUUCAGCAGCUAUGGAAAGAGGUGGCCACUCAGUCAGGGCUGGAGGGAGAGCAGAAGUCAGCAUUUAAUGGACUGACCACCCCAAAUACUCCCACACAAGGACAAUGGCCAAAUGGUAUUACACCUGAAGCUUUCUUACCUGCAGCAGGGCUUUUGAACCAGCCACUGAUUUCUGUUGACACAGAAGAAAAGCCAGGUUCUCUCAAAACAGGCUGCCUGUUUCGCCAUGGGCGCUGUAAGUGGCCAAACUGCGAUACCCUAUGUGAAGACCAGUCAGAGUUUCAGAGACAUUUGUCCACUGAACAUCAGCUGGAUGACCGCAGCACUGCCCAGGCUCGGGUUCAAAUGCAGGUGGUCAGUCAACUGGAAAUUCAGCUGACAAGAGAAAAAGAACUUCUUCAGGGCAUGAUGCAACAUCUUCAUAUGAAACAGCCCAAGGCAAAGACUGAACUCCCCUCCCCCCAGAAGACAUUUCAUCCAAAAGUUUCCACACCUGUUCCUAUCUCCAUGGCAACAGUAACGCCCCCAGUAGCUGCUCCCAGUCCACCGAGGCCAGUGGCAGCACUAUCCUCCCCAUUGAAGCAAGCUUCAGUUUCUUCUGUCUCAGCCCCUCCCACCCCUGUUCCCAUGGUAACACAUCCCAUGUCUUUAUCCCUGGGGAUCCCCCCUUCGAUGGUGACUUCACUGUCUAAGCCUCCCACACCUCAGUCCCACUCGCAGCCAUCGACCCCCACUGGAAGUGGACCAAUGAGAAGACGAGUCUCAGACAAAUGUAACCUCCCGAUCUCAGCUGGCACAUCAGAGGAAAUCCAAAGAAAUCGUGAUUUCUACAAGAGCACAGAUGUGCGCCCUCCAUUCACCUACGCUUCGUUAAUUCGCCAGGCAAUUAUUGAGUCUCCUCAUAAGCAACUGACAUUGAAUGAAAUUUACCAGUGGUUCCAGAACACAUUUGCGUACUUUAGGCGUAAUGAAGCAACUUGGAAGAAUGCUGUUAGGCAUAACCUGAGUCUCCACAAAUGCUUCAUGAGAGUUGAGAAUGUCAAAGGAGCAGUGUGGACGGUCGAUGAAGUGGAGUUUUACAAAAGAAGACCCCAGAAGCUGGGAGGAAAUAUGCCCAUUAAAGAAGUGAAAAGUCCCUCAAUGAACACAGAUCCAGUGAUUUUUGGAGAGACAUUUAAUGCUAGCCUACGUGCUGCAAUUGAGCAGGCCACCUUGUUAAAUCAACAUUAUAGUAAUGGUUCAGUUUCCAUGGAUGGUGUAGAAGAUUUGUCAAUGAAGUCCAGCAGGAAUAAUAGCUCCGACAACCUCCGUAAACUGGAGUCCCCCUCACGAAAUGGCUUCAUGGAUGUCAAAGAAGAAAGCUUGGAACAAGACGAAGCAUUCCUUGAGAAUGGCCAUUCAUCAGUUGACAGUCCCCUAUCUGUGGUUGUCCAAGCAGGCAACUCCUCCAACAAAGCUCUAAAUCUGUCCCCUAGAAACCAGUAUGACAAUGAGGUUUCCUUGGACAACCAAGUGGGCAAGGAUACAGGUUGUGAACAGGGUUUAGAUCUGUCCCCAGUUUCAAGGUCUCCAAAGUCCAGAUCACCCAUUGGACAAAUUUCACCCAAUCAGGACACUCAUUCAGUGCAGACUUCACAGGAAGUUGUGAUGACAAGCAUGUCUGAAUCCCUUGGAUCCUGAAUGUGAAAGAGAAUGGAUGUAUAUUAAUGUUUAACAGUUUUACUGAUUAUUAACUUUAUUGUAUUAUGGUUUAGUCAAACUGAACCUUUUAUUUAUGAUUUAAUUUUGAGACCUGUCGGUGAUCCUUUGAGUCACUGAGUCAUUAUCUUUGUGGCCAAUCAAACGAUGUCCUUGUUAGCAAUGUUCAGUUUUUAUUCUGAUACAUAUUCAAGUGCUACUGUUGCCUGUUUGCUCUUUUUUAGUGUUAUACGUGUUAUAUAUUCAGUUUUUGUUGUGUUUUACUUCAAGUUUUAGAAUACUUAAAACUUUGUAGUGUUUGGUUUUUUUUACAAGUUGAUUUUAAAAAUGAACCAGUUUUUCCUAUUUAAAGUAAAUUUAAGAUCAGUGUAUUUUGACUAUUGAUCCGUCAUUGGAUACAGAAUUGUACCAAAUAAAUAGAUGUUCUGCUAUGGUAAAUUUUUCUAACUUUUUUUGCGGUGUAGAUAUAUGCAUAUAUUUUUGUAUCUAUUACUUGUAGUUGUGUGCAAUAGAAGUCGGUCCUCUUCUGCAAUAAUCAAUAAUUUUUUUUUUCCAGAGGAGCAACUUGUAAUGGUUUUUCUUUGGCUGAAAGUUUCUAUUCAUUUUUUUGUAUAAAGACAACAGCCUUGAUAAAAAAUAUUUUUAUUGUCAAGUUCAAAGCUUUGUAUAGUGUGUUUUAUUGAUUAUAAAAACUGAUUUUAAUUUGUCAGUGAGUACAUUAAAUUUUUUUUUAAUAGUAAUAGAAAGCGUUGACAUAAUAUUAUGAAGGGAUAUUUAGACCUUUUUUAUUGUAUAGAAAAUGACAAGAAUUAUAUGUUAUACCAAAGAAUAGCAAAGCCUUUUGUUGUAAUGAUAUUGCAUUUCAUCUCUCCAUUUAUAAUCAGAAAAUGAAUUAAAAAGUACAUUUUAAAAAAUAAUUUGAUAUGUAUUCAAAAGAUAAGGACAUGUUUUCCUCAAAGCUUUUAAAUUCCCCUCUUUCAACACCACCCAUAUUUAUGAUAAAUAUAGCAUGAUAAAGGGCAUAAUAUUUUCAGUACACAUCUGUUGCCAAACAAACAGUAUAUUCUAGGUAUGUAAAGGUGAUAUGUAUUUAUAUUUAAACAUACCCUAUAAAUAGAAAUGGCAUUCUUUGUGAUUGACAAAUCAGUUAAAUUCCUGUUGUUGUCAAAUGAACCAGUAUUUUUUGUACAUACAAGUUGUGUUCAUUGUUGAUCAUAGUCAAAUUCUUAGGUACAUUAAUGUGUUUGACUGCUCUUAUAGUUUUUCUCCAAUGACAAGUUAAGAAAAAAUCUUGAAAAAUAAUUAAUUUUUAUGUAGAUUCAAGUAAAAUUUAUUUCAAAUAAGGACUGAUUCUAAGUAAUGAAUUUUGUCAAGCAGUCAAGUCAUAUAAAGAAAGACAUCUGUAGUAAUGAAAGAGAUCUCACAUUUGUUUCAAACUUUUCUCAUCUUUGUGUAUCAUUUCUAGAUAUGUGGUGUAUAGAUGUUGUCUUCUGUUUGGAAUGACCUUCUCUUGUUGGGGCCAGAAACCCAGAAUCAUUAAGAAUUUUUAACUCCCAUAUAUUUCACUGGCCAUUUUUUAGUAAGACCAAAAAAUAGUCAUAAUCAGGGAGCUGCUUCUAUCUGACCAAUGCCUAUGUAUGAUGUAUAUAGAUAUCCCUUGCUUUAGUUAGACAUUUUUAGAUAAAUUCAGAAUUAGCUAUUAUUCUUAUCUUUAAAAAGAAAGAAGAGGGCAGUAGAAUAUAACUUGAGAUCAUAAUUAGAUUUUUUUCUGACAUUGAGGAGAAUAAGUAGAUUCUGGCUUUUCUUUGUUGUUAAAUCUUGUUAACUGUUGCUGCUGAUGCUCUUUACUUUAUAAUGCACUGUUCUUAAUUGAGCGAUAUCAUUCAGAUUGAAAUUUUUCAGUGUAAAUUAAGGAAGCAAUAUCCUCCAUUUUUUUGCCUUCCUGGAUUCAUUGUCUUUGUGACUUUAUUGGUGUUGUAUUUUUAACAUCCAGGGAAGGAGACCCAUUGCUUCUGUUCAUCAGCUGUUGCUCAUUCAAUAAAACAAAGUCAGGGUUGUUAACACUGUUCCGCAUUCACAUCAUUGAGUAAAUGUUGAUUUUUGACUUUAAAACAAUUCCUUGUGCAUGUUUGGUCUUAAACGAGACAUUUUAAGUCACAACUUCAAGAAGACUGAAAUUGUCUAAUGUUACCUCAUUCUUUCAUCUUUUCCCAUUAUGUCUAGUCAUUUUCCCUUUGUUAUUUAUUGCAGCCUAUUUUCUUUCUUUUAGUUUAAUGUGAAGAUCUUUGCUUUUUUACCAUCACUUUGUUUUCAUCUCAGGAAAUGAAAAUUAAAGAAUAAAUCAUUUUCAAUCAGUUCUCUUCAUGAUGACAUCACUGUGUGACAGGACCAAUCACAUUGGUUGUUACAAAGUAGGUUUGUUAAGACCGGUGUAUCUCAUCACACACUUGUUAUAUGUAUGUUCUGCAUCCCUCUCAUGUCAGUCAGAAUAAAAUUUACAGUAUGCUGGAA